AUAUUUUUCCAGCGCGUAGUACGAAAAGUUUGGGAUGCUAGCUGUUGAUGUGAGUUCUUCAGUGCUAAAUUGAUGACAUGUACGUUUCAAAGUGCCAUGAGGACUGUUAUGAACAAAGAUGGCCAAAGGUGAAUACAAUUGUGAAGCGCAUCCUCAAUACUGAGAAUGUCAGUAGGGACGAGUGGCAGAAUAUGUUUGCAGAUGUACAUUAUAUCGUCUCAUGGCAAGAAUCAGCAACAACCGCCAUCAUCUCUUCCCUUACAGAAACUGUUAAGGAAUCGAUAAUGAGAGUUCAGCAGCUUGUUAUGCGUAAUCAAGAUGAAUCUUCAUUAUUAAAAUCGUACAUAGCUCAAUGGAAUAAGUUUUCUAAACAAAGCGAAUAUCUUCCACAACCAUUUAGUCCAUUAGAAAACUAUCUGGUUGGUAAGCAUCUUAACGGUCCCAACAAACGUCAUCUUCAAGAAAGUACUAUUAGAAAACUGAUGCUGGAAACGUGGAACAGUACAAUCUACGAAUCCAUUAAGCAAAAGCUUCUGGACAGUGCUAUUAAGCUUAUACAAGAUGAAAGAUGUGGUCAGGUUAUUGAUUCACAGCUCGUCAUAGGUGUUCGUGAGUCCUGUGUCAAUUUAUCUACGUUAUCAGAAAAAUCCUUUCGAAUAUAUGUGGAUAAUUUCGAAAAAGCAUAUAUUGAAAGCACAGAGAGUUUUUAUCGUAUACGUAUAGAUGAAUACAUUCAGAAACAUGGAAUAAGAAGUUACAUGCAAUACGCUUUGCAGAAAUUAUCUGAAGAAGAGGCUCGUGCUGUAAGAUAUUUAGAAACUCAGCCAGAAUUCAAUUCCGUCCCUAAGUUAAUGAAAGUAUGCCUCAAGACGUUUGUAGUCGACUAUAUGGACCAUAUCCUCUCAGAAGUUCCAAGACUAUUGCAUGAAGAAGAUACAAACCAGCUAAGAUUGUGCUACGAAUUAGUUAAUCGAGUUCCACAAGAAAUUGACCGCUUAUUAGUACUUCUGGAGGAAUAUAUUCGACAAACAGGCUUGAAGGAUAUACGCACUAAUGCAGAGAUUAUGCUUAAAGAUGCAGAUAAAUAUGUAUGCCGUUUGUUAAAUUUAUACGUUCGUUUUUCACGUAUGGUCAAUGAUGCGUUCAAUAAUGAUCCACAUUUUCUAACUGCGCGUGACAAAGCUUAUCAAGACAUUGUAAAUAAUACAUCAGUUUUUGUGACUGAAAUUCCAACUUCUGUUUGUAGCGGUAUUUCACGUGUGGAAUCUCGUUGUCCUGAAUUGUUAGCGUCUUAUUGUGAUAUGUUACUUCGCAAGUCACCAACUAAUCGUCGUUUAACAACUGAUGAAAUCGAACAAAAAUUACGCAAUGUUUUAUUAGUAUUAAAAUAUGUCAAUAGUAAAGAUAUUUUCAUGCGUGUUCAUAAAUCUCAUCUCACUCGACGAUUAAUUCUAGAAACAUCAGCUGAUAAUGAAAUGGAAGAAUUGAUGGCUGGACGUUUACGAGAAGUUGGAAUGCCAGCUGAACAGAUUAAUAAACUUGGUCGGAUGUUUCAGGACAUUAAAAUAUCACAUGACCUUACUUCUGAAUUCAAAGAAAAAUAUAAAAUAUCUCCACAGUGUUCUACAUCAUACAUAUCGAAUAAUACACCAUCGUUAAAUUUAGACAUCAUAACAAUUAAAAUAUUGAGCGGUGGUGCAUGGCUUUUACGUCCUCAACCACAAUCAUCUAUUUCAUUGCCAGCGGAGUUAGAAGAUUUCCUUCCUCAGAUUGAAGAUUUCUAUCGUCAGAAACACCAAGGUCGGAGUCUUCUAUGGCAACACCAUUUAUCUCAUGGAGUACUGGCUUAUACAAGUGAUCAUGGUCGUUAUGAAUUUGAAGUGACCACUUAUCAGCUUGUUGUUUUAUACGCCUGGAAUAGAAGAUAUGAUCAACAUCUUCAUUUAGAUUGUUUGCUUACUUCGACUGGUUUACAAGAUGUUGAUCUUCGUCGAACAUUAUGGUCACUAUGUGAACAUCCUAAAUUGGAACAACAGAUUAUUUGUUAUUCUCCUAAAGUAAGCUCUGAAAAACAGUUUACUGCUAAAACGGAAUUCUGGCUUAAUUUAAAAUUUACAAAUACGAAAAUGGGGAAAGUUCAAAAUCGUCGAAGAAUCAAUUUGAUUGGUCGACUCCAACUAACUCAUGAAAUAACAAAUGAAGAAGAAAGUAUGGCUAUUGUGGAAUUACGUCAACUACGUGCACAAGAGGGCAUAAUUAAAUUAUUGAAAACACGUAAACGUUUACAUCAUAAUGAAUUAUAUCAAGAAUUAGUUGAUCUACUAAGAUUUCAAUUUGUUCCAUCGAAACGAUUAAUUAAAGAAGUAUUAGAAUGGCUUAUUGAUAAACAUUAUGUUCGCCGUGAUAAUAACGAUAUGAAUGUGUUUGUAUAUGGUACUUGAAAAUUGAAUGCCUUUCUGUUUUUCAUAGUGUGCUUUUUUAAAUUUAUUUACAUGAAAUCAAUUAGAUCUUCAUCCAUCUUACCCUUCUGUUUUAUACAUCCCUGUAAUUAGUCUUCGAAAGAAAAAAAUCACUCAACGAAUGUAUUAGUGGUCUUUUUCCUCAUAUAUAUCACGAAUUCGUCUUUUAUUUUUACACCUUACUAUUAUUAUUAUUAUUAUUAUUAUUAUUAUUAUUAUUAUUAUU